AUGUGGCCAGUGCCACUCACGUCCAUCGGUGGCUGGCAGGCCGAGACCGGCCCUGGGGUCGCCUGCAGCCUCCUGGCCAUAUCCGCCGGCUCUGGGAGUCAGAGGUUGAGCUGGGCAAGGGCUCCCCCUGCUGUCCGAGCCGCCCCACUGCGCCCUCUGCCGGGUGUGUGGGCACCAGGGGGUGACCUGCUGCUGGAGAGACAGCCCGCCUGGAGGGGUCUCACGCUUGUCCCCGCCGCUCAGGUGCGGCUGAAGAUGCUGUACGCGGCCACGCGGGCCACGGUGAAGAAGGAGUUCGGGGGCGGCCACGUCAAGGACGAGCUCUUCGGGACAGCGAAGGACGACCUCUCCUUGGCCGGGUACCAGAAGCACCUGUCGUCCUGUGCGGCGCCCGCCCCCCUGACCUCGGCCGAGAGGGAGCUGCAGCAGAUCCGCAUCAACGAGGUGAAGACAGAGGUCAGCGUGGAGAGCAAGCCCCAGACGCGGCAGGGCCUUGCCUUCCCCCUGCAGCCCGAGGCCCAGCGGGCGCUGCAGCAGCUCCGGCAGAAGACGAUCAACUACAUCCAGCUGAAGCUGGACUUGGCGCGGGAGACGAUCGAGCUGGUGCUCACGGAGCCCACGGACGUGGCCCAGCUGCCCUCGCGGGUGCCCCGAGCGGCCGCCCGCUACCACUUCUUCCUCUACAGGCACACCCAUGAGGGCGACCCCCUCGAGUCUGUGGUGUUCAUCUACUCGAUGCCGGGCUACAAGUGCAGCAUCCGGGAGCGCAUGCUCUACUCCAGCUGCAAGAGCCGCCUCCUGGACUCUGCAGAGCAGGACUUAGGGCUGCAUGCCCCCCCCCAGAUUGAGAUCGGCGACGGGGCCGAGCUGACGGCCGACUUCCUGUACGACGAGGUGCACCCCAAGCAGCACGCCUUCAAGCAGGCCUUCGCCAAGCCCAAGGCUGGCCGGUGGACUGUGGGGCCGCCCGCCGCCCGCUCCUCGCCGCCGCCCUCCCUCCCGUCCGGGCUCCGGGGCAGGGUCGCUCUGGGGUGGGAGGGCUGGUGACUGACCCCUCCUGCCGCUUCUGAGGGCCACUGGGCUGGCGUGACCCUCCCCCCUGCUCUCCCUGCCCCUCCUCUGUGUGCCCAGCGUGUCAGGGACCCUGCCUGGCUGUCUCCAGGGCCUGGCAUGGACUUGGUCCCCAAGGGAGCUGAGACCAGGGUCCCUUCACGGCCCGGACCCCUUUGGCCACAAGGGGUGGGGUCCGUCGGGGCCGGGCAGGGGGUCACGGUGGAUGAGAUGGUUGAAUGCUGUAUUUUUUAAAGAAUAAAGUAUUUUUAAA